AAUGGGAAUUAUCUGACGAUUUCAUAAAUGGCAGCACAUAUCUUACACCUUAUGGGACAUUUUGGCUAAAACAAUGAGAUAUGAAUAAAUAUGUUAUGAAAUGAACUAUGCAUUAACUACACAAACGUUAUGAAUCUAUGUUUUGGAAAUUGAGCUAGUAUCACUCGCAUAAAACAGGCGAAUUAACAUUGAAUACGUCAGCAUAAAGAUUCAUUAUGUGGCGUGGGGUAGUAGAUGCGAUUUUUGUUGUGGCACAUAACAUUUUAAACAUGGUUGGAUAUAUUGGAAAACCAAUAUUAGAGGUUUUCACAAAAAGACUUACAAGCAAAACAGAAGCAAGUAAAUUGAAUGACAAUGGUGACAAAGCUAUUCCUGAUUCUCAAGUUGUACGUCGCCCCAAAAUAUAUAAUAUAUAUAUAAAUGGAAAUAACAAUAAAAUAAUACAUUAUCAAAAUAAAUUCGAUGAAAUUUGUGAUACUGAUGAAAGUAAUACUAAAGUACAACCAUUGGUAAGACAGGACAUUAAACAAAAGUCAGAAUCCAUUGAACCGACAAAUGAAGUGACAGAAUUAAAAUGUAAGAUCACAAAUGGAAAACAAACUGCAGGAUGCAUAACUCAAAGGUGUGUACAACCUAUUUCUCCAGAGUCUACCUACAUUAACAUUAAGAGAGAAGAAUCAAAGAUGGUUUGUUCUAGAAUAGACAGAACAGAAGAAUGGGUCACAAGUGUAGCUGCAGAACCACCUUCAAGGGAUGAAAGUGAGAACCCAAAUGAUCAUGUUGACUUACAAUCAAUCAUCACAACUGAUUACAUUGCUCUAAACAAUCGAAAUGACAUCUUGAAUCCUUCAAGCCAUGGUGAUGAAGACAGUUUACCAUAUAUGUAUCAAAUGAAGUAUGUACAAACAGUUGAUAAAAGAACAAAUUUUGUGUCAGAUACAGCAACUGAACCUUCAGUCUCUGAUCAAAGUGAGAGGCAUGGUGCGUCCAUGGACUUAUUAUCAAUAGUCACAGAUGACCAUGUAAGCAAAAAUAGCAGAGAAGUAAUAUCUCCAAAUGAUUCUGAAGAUUCAGAUAGCUAUGAUGACACUUCAGCUGACAAAAGUGAAUUUGAUAUCAUAUUUGCUGAAAACAGCAAGGCCCUUGCGAAAUAUGAUCAAUAUAAGUUCUCAAACAAUGAAAAAGAAAAUAAUGGAGACAUAUUAUUACCACAUCAAGAUUCUCUAAAAGAUGCAGACUCGGAUUCUAAUUGUUCCUCACAAUUAGAUUCUGACUCAGGUUCAAACACCACACAAUAUGAAGUGAUAUACCCACAUUCUUCAGAUACUACUGAAAAAUAUGAACCCAAGUCCAUUUAUGACACAUUGAGAAUUGCAGAUUCUGAAUCUGAAGAUUCAGACAGGAAUGAGAAAAGUGACAAAAGAGACACUGAUACUAUAUUGCCUAACAAGGAUAAGGUCACUGCCCACCAAGAAAAUUCAGAUUCUCAAUUUACAAAAACUAACAAAACAUACUUCAAUUUAAACAUUAACAAUGGAGAAAUAAUAUUACCUUAUAAAUACAAAGACUCUGACUCCGAUUCCGAAAGUUCUGAUUUUUCUGAAGAAGAAUCAAGGGAAUUGAAAGAAGAACUGCAUAAUGAAGAAGAAGAAAAUAUCAGAAACCAGCCAACACAAUAUGAAAAUAGCUAUGAUGAAAAUUCACCUGACAAAAGUAGGGCUGGUAUCAUAUUGGCAGACAAGGGUGAGGUCACUUCAGAUUCCUCAUUUACAAACCAACCGAUGCCAACCAAUACAAGAUAUGAAGAUGAGAAUGAAGAGCAUUAUGAAGAAUUACCAUAUACAUAUGGAGGGAAUUUUCAGCACAUGAAUACUCCUUCAACAAAAAUCUUCCCAGUGAUUAGUGGAAAGCAAACAUCUCCAACAGACUCCAAAAGUCCAACAAGAAAAUAUUUAAUUAAAAGGAUAACAAACAAGGUUAGGCCAAUGAGCCAAAUAAAACUAAUCAAUCAUAAUACGCCCUUAUAUGAAAAUCUAGAUACUUCAACGAAACAAAAUAUUAGAGAUAUGUUCAGAGUACAAAAAAGACCACCAAUGCCACUGCCUGCCAAUAUUCCCACUGCACCCAAUAGUGCAAAAUCUGAUCCAAAUCUUCGUCAUGAGUCAGCAAAGAGCUCAGAGAAUUCAUUUGUACGAGAAAGCCCUGAAAGAAAACCUGUAUGUAGAAGGAAAACAUUUCUACAGACUGCCACUGCUGACCAAAACCAUGUUGAUGCAACACCAACAACAAAUAAAGAACAACAGACUGCUAAUUAUGGCACUCAUAUGGUCCAAAAAAUCCACACUUUCUCAGAGAGUAUUACAGAUGACAUGAACAACACUGUUGAGCUGAAGAGGAAACAUGUUAGCACUAUAAAGAAAAACAAAGUGACAGAUACCGAAAACAGUCAAAUCUUUGACAGUGAUGAUGACUUUGAUAAAAUAAGUCCAUUUUCCAGAACAAAGGUAAUAAGAAAGAAAAAGAAGCAAAUAUCUAAUGACAUGAGUGAGAUUUCCAAUAUAAAAGUAUCGCGAAGUGUCAUCCACACUGCUAAUGUCAAGACAGAGGAAACAAAGGUUUUUCAACCUACCCGACAAAACAUAACCAUUGUAGAAACACAAAGAAAUACU